AUGGAGGGUGUUACGGCGGGCGUGACGCUGGGUGGGGAAGCGGGGGGCGCCAGGGCGGAGGAGCGGCGCGCCAAGACCAGGGAGCGCGUGCGGCGCUACCGGGCGCGGCAGAGGGCGGCCAAGGCGCGCGAGGGCCGGCUGCACCAGCUGUGCCUGCUGGCCGGCCUUCAUGGCGGGCCCUUCGGUGGGCAGGCCGACAGCGGUGUUACUGAUCCGUCGUUUGGGGCUUUGCGGAAUGGAUCUGGGGCAUCGGGGGGCCGGGAGGGGGUGCGGAGUGCGUCCGUGGAGAGCUGGUUGGAGAAUGGGGCAGGGCGGGGUGGCGAGGAGGAUGAUUGCUCAGGGAGGACUGAGAAGAGGAGGGCGCAGGCGAGGGAGAGGAUGCGGAGAUUUAGACAGCGGCAGAGGGAGGGCCGCGGCUGCUGUGGAGGCGAUCGGAUUCCGGCGAUGGCCGGCAGGGGUUUGGCUCCGGUCGAGGCGGAAACGCGGGGAAUUGGGAUGAGGGAGGAGGGGGAGGGGCGGGGGGUGGGUGGCCAUUGCGGGGUCCAGGAGAGGGGGAGGGAUCAGGCGGGCGGCGGCGGGGCGUACGAGCCGAUGAGCAGGCUCCGGCAGCGGCAGCGCGAGGCGUGCGACGCGCGGAUGGGGCGGGGCCCGGCGGGGAAGGAGGUCAUGUCGACUGGACCCGGCUCUGAGAAGAUGACGCGGGCAGGCGGCGGCGUUGCGACGGGGGAUGUCUCCGCGGCCCGCGCCGAUCCCUCGCUCGAUCCGCGCGGGGAUGCCGCAUCCCGCCAGCCGCCGCCACCGCCCUCCCCGCCCGCCCGGGCCCCUGGCCGCCAGCCGGACGUCGCCGGGCUAGAGAGGAAGCGCAGCCAGGCGCGGGAGCGGAUGCGCCGGUUCAGGAAGCGCCAGCGAGAGAAGCGCGCCCUCGCCGACAACCCGGAUGAUUCGCCGGGGCCGUCGGCGCCCAUUCCUCCCCCGGUGCCCGACUCCGAUCCCAACCGCUCAUCACAGGUGGUGGGCGGCCUGGACGGUGCGCGGCCCAGGAAGUACAUCAACUGGCUGGAACCGGAUCUCUGGGGCCCGAUCCAGGCGGCCCUGGACGGGCGUGGGUCCGUCCGAAGCGCCCUGAGAUCCCUGCAGAGCGGCCACCCGGACGGGAGGUACGACCGGCUGAGCGAAUCCACGGCGCGGGGGUGGUUCGACGUGGACGACGCCGGCGGGCGGACGCUCAAGGAGUCGGUGAGGCGGCGUGUGGAGGCGGAGAGGACGUGGGCAAAGACGCCAAGGAGCAAUGCGCUGGCGCCCUCGGCCGGGGGGGCCUUCGCCAGCGCCGCCGCGCUGUUUGCCUAG